UUCUGAUUCUCUGCUUAUCUUACAAUUUGACAGGUGCUGAGAAAAAUGAAGGGAUAAUUCUAGUUGCGGAUAGUUAAACUGUAUUCUGUAAAGGAAUAAUCAUGGCGCCUGCAAUACUACCGAGUUCAGUUAACAGUGUUCCUCUUGUACACGGGAAUGUAUUUAGUACGAGGAGUGAAAAUCUAAAUCGAUACAAUAUAUUGAGGAAAUCUGCUAAACAAGCCUUACCCUCAACUAAACGAGUCUUACCUUUAGUGACAUCGGUUUUUUUGUUUCCCCAGUUCAGAGGUGGAUUUUCUUCAGGUCAUAAACUAACAUUCCGUAGUGUAUCAGCUUCUGCACCUGGUUUGGUUGUUGAACAAGCAGAUUCUUCAGCUACUGAUACCAAUCUUCCUGCAACUGAUGCUGAAAAUGUGUCAAAUGAGGAUUCAACUGCCAAAGAGGCUGCAGCUGCAGCUGCAAAAAAGCGUGCAAGACCUGUUAGGAAAAGUGAGAUGCCGCCAGUGAAGAACGAAGAGUUGAUUGUUGGCGCUUCAUUUACAGGGAAAGUUAAGUCAAUCCAGCCGUUUGGAGCUUUUAUCGAUUUUGGGGCUUUUACUGAUGGUCUGGUGCACGUUUCCCAGUUGAGUGAUAGCUUUGUUAAGGAGGUUGCGAGUGUCGUCUCUGUUGGGCAAGAGGUAACCGUGAAGUUACUAGAAGCAAACAUGGAAACUGGACGUAUAUCUCUCACUAUGCGUGAGGGUGAUGACAACAACAAAUCUCAGCAAUCACAAGAUCCUUCUUCUAGUGGAGAUAGGGGGAGGCCUCCGAGAAAGGGUCCACCUAAGUCGAAUCAGACGAAAAAUGAGGGUAGGAAAUCGUCAAAGUUUGUCAAGGGACAAGAUCUUGAUGGAACUGUAAAAAAUUUAACUAGAUCGGGUUCCUUUAUUUCUCUUCCGGAUGGUGAGGAAGGAUUUUUGCCUACAGCGGAGGAAAUAGAUGAAGGACUUGGAAGCCUUAUGGGUGCUGGAUCUUCACUGGAGGUUGGUCAAGCAGUUCGUGUGAGAGUUUUGCGUAUAACGAGAGGGCAAGUGACCUUAACAAUGAAGAAGGAAGAAGAUGCUGGGGAGUUAGAUGCUAAGCUCAAGCAAGGUGUUGUCCAUAAAGCAUCGAACCCUUUUAUGCUGGCUUUCCUUCAAAAUAAGGAUAUUGCAUCUUUCCUGGAUAGUAGAGAGGAGGAAAAAAAGUCCACAUCACAAGCAGCUGAUGUGUUAGAAGGAAGUGUCGCUCAAACUGAAGCCGAUAUUGAUGAUGGGACUUCUACCAAGGAAGAAAGUGUAGAGGCAGUUAUAGUAGAGGAGGUUUCAAAUGAAAUUAGUGAAGCAGUAGAAGAAUCAACUCCUAAUGAAAGCAUACCCUCAAAUGAAGCUCCUUCUGUUGAUGUAGCUGAAGAAAAAGAUGUAGAAAGUGAUGCGUCGGAAACAAAACCUGAACCGAUCUCGUUAGAAAUACUGAUUAGCGAAGAAGAGUCUCAAGCUGCUGAUAGUGAAGAGAACCUAGAAAUUCCCAUCUCUAGUUCACCCCAAACUCCUGAAAGUAAGGCUAGUGAAGAAGAGACUCAAACUGCUGAUAAUGAAGAGAACCCAGAAAUUCCCAUCUCUAGUUCAUCCCAAACUCUUGAAAGUGAGGCCAAAAUUGAAGAGGACAACCUGGAUAUUGAUGGAGAAAAAUUGCCCCUUGAAGAGAGUGCAGUUGCAGAAACCUCGGAGUCAGAAACUGAAAUUAAAUCUGUUAUAUCUGAAGAAGCUUCAAAUGAAGAACUGUCUGAGGUUCCUAUUCCACAGGAGAGCAUUACUGAAGGAGAAACUGAGGCCAAAGUUGAAGAGGACAACCUGGAUAUUGAUGGCGAAAAAUUGCCCCUUGAAGAGAGUGCAGUUGCAGAAACCUCGGUGUCAGAAACUGAAAUUAAAUCUGUUAUAUCUGAACAAGCUUCAAUUGAAGAACUGCCCGAGGUUCCUAUUCCACAGGAGAGCAUUACUGAAGAUAAUGAUGCCCCUGCGAACACUGUUGAAAUCGAACAGAUUGAAGCUGUAUCCAAUAAUACCAGCCUCGACUCAGACGGUCAAAAUGAAAAUCCCUCAACAACGGAAAGCACAGUGAAAGCGGCAAUAGCACCUGCUCUUGUUAAGCAGCUGCGAGAAGAAACUGGAGCAGGAAUGAUGGACUGCAAGAAAGCCCUGUCAGAAACCGAAGGUGACCUAAUUAAAGCUCAAGAAUACCUUAGGAAGAAAGGGUUAGCAAGUGCAGAUAAGAAAGCAAGUAGAAAAACAGCUGAAGGAAGAAUCGGUUCGUACAUUCACGACAGCAGGAUUGGUAUCCUUGUAGAGGUGAAUUGCGAAACUGAUUUCGUUUCUCGAGGUGAAAUAUUCAAGGAACUGGUUGAUGAUUUGGCCAUGCAAGCUGCUGCUUGCCCUCAAGUACAGUAUCUCUCUUCAGAAGAUGUUCCUCAAGAAAUCGUGGAUAAGGAAAGGGAGAUUGAAAUGCAGAAAGAAGAUCUUUUGUCUAAACCAGAGCAGAUAAGAUCCAAGAUUGUCGAAGGACGGAUCAAAAAGAGACUUGACGAGUUGUCAUUGCUUGAACAGCCUUUUAUUAAGAAUGAUAAGUUGAUUGUGAAGGAUUUGGUGAAGCAGAUGAUUUCAACCAUAGGAGAAAAUAUUAAAGUGACGAGAUUUAUUAGAUACAAUUUGGGUGAAGGUCUUGAAAAGAAAAGCCAGGACUUUGCUGCAGAAGUUGCUGCUCAAACAUCUGCUAAACCAGCUGAGACUACUACUCCUAAUGAGCAGCCACCCGUAGCGGUUGAAGCUGUUGACAAGGCACCUACAGUUGCGGUUUCAGCAGCUCUUGUUAAACAACUGAGGGACGAAACAGGGGCCGGUAUGAUGGACUGUAAGAAAGCACUUGCAGAAACAGAAGGGAAUUUGGAGAAGGCGCAAGAGUACCUAAGGAAGAAGGGUCUCUCAGCAGCCGAUAAGAAAUCAAGUCGAAUUGCAGCCGAAGGCAGGAUUGGAUCGUACAUUCACGAUUCACGAAUUGGCGUUCUGGUUGAGGUCAACUGUGAGACUGACUUUGUGGGAAGGAGCGAGAAAUUCAAGGAGCUAGUCGAUGAUUUAGCAAUGCAAGUGGUUGCGUGCCCUCAAGUGAUGUACGUUUCAAUUGAAGAUAUUCCCGAGAGCGUGAUUAAGAGGGAGAAGGAACUCGAGAUGCAGAGAGAAGAUCUUCAGACGAAACCGGUGAAUAUAAGGGAGAAGAUUGUUGAAGGGAGGAUAUCGAAGAGGCUUGGAGAGCUUUCUCUUCUUGAGCAACCGUUUAUUAAGGACGAUAGUGUUUUGAUUAAGGAUUUGGUUAAGCAAACUGUCGCUGCUCUUGGGGAGAAUAUUAAAGUCAGGAGGUUUGUUAAAUUCACGCUUGGAGAGACAGCCGGUAUUGCAGAGGAUGCGUAAAAACGGUUAGAAUUGCUCGCUCGCCCUGAAAGGAAAACAAAAAAAGUUAAUAAAAAAACUACUGAAAUUUUUUGAUGUGUUUUGAGGUUGUUUCUGUAUUUAUAUAGACUACAAACGAUGUAGCUAAUGCGAUGUUUUAUUAUCUCAGGGAAAAUAUUUGUUCAGUCAAA